CUUUGGCGCCAAAUUUCCCCUCUCUCUCUCUCUCUCUCUCUCUCUCUCGUUCAUGGCGCGGAAACCUUCCUUGGCACCAACUCUUUGUCACCGUUCUAGGGUUUCCUGAUGCAGUCCCCGCCAUCAUCACAUAUCGAGCUUUAGGCCAGGGAAUCGAGUUUCCACGCAGCUUCCUUCCCUUCUACAUGGACUAUCAGCCUUCUGCCAAACGCUCCAAGAUCGCACAGAGGGGCGAAGAUGACUAUGUCCCCGGCAAUAUCAUCGAAAUCGAGGUUCUCAACUUCAUGACUUACAAUCACCUGAAAUGCAAGCCCGGCUCUCGGCUUAAUCUCGUCAUCGGCCCAAACGGCUCUGGGAAGAGCUCUCUUGUCUGCGCCAUCGCCCUAGGUCUUGCAGGAGAACCCCAGUUACUCGGCCGGGCUUCCAGCAUCGGUGCCUAUGUGAAACGAGGGGAGGAGUCUGGAUACAUAAAAAUCUCCCUGCGAGGUAGCACAGCGGACGAGAGGAUCUGUAUAACACGGAAGAUUGAUAUACAUAAUAAAUCGGACUGGCAGAUUAAUGGCAAAGCGGCACCAAAAAGAGAUGUUAUUGACCUUAUUCAGAGAUUCAACAUCCAAGUUGGCAACUUAACUCAGUUCUUACCACAAGACAGGGUUUCUGAGUUUGCUAAAUUAAGUCCCAUACAGCUUUUAGAAGAAACUGAGAAGGCUGUGGGUGAUCCAGAACUGCCAGUUAAACAUCGUGCUCUUGUAGAUAAAAGUCUAGAACUGAAGAAACUUGAAGUGACGGUAAAGCAAAACAGUGAAACCCUAAACCAGCUAAAGGCACUUAAUGCAGAGCAAGAAAAAGAUGUUGAACGUGUGCGACAGAGAGAACAGCUGCUUGUAAAGGCUGAGACUAUGAGGAAGAAACUUCCAUGGCUGAAAUAUGAUAUGAAGAAAGCAGAAUACCUGGAGGCAAGAGAGCAAGAGAAAGCUGCUAAGAAGAAGCUGGAUACAGCUGCUAAGCUUUUAAAUGAUCUUAUGAAACCUAUUGAGGAGAAAAAGGAAAUGAAGGCAAAGCAAAAUUCAGCAUGUAAGAAGGUCAGCUGUCUUAUAAAUCAGAAUGCCAAAAGAAGAAUGGAGAUACUCGAGACAGAAAACCACCUAAGUGUGCAAGUACAAUCAAAAUCAGACGAGAUGGAAGAUUUAAGGAAGCGGGAGGAGUCCCGACAAACAAAGAUUGCUAAAGCUAAAGUGGAUCUUUCUGCUGCUGAAGACGAGCUUGCGAAGUUGCCUCCUUUUGAACCUCCGAAAGAGGAAAUUGAAAAUCUAGGCUCUCAGAUAGUGGAGUUUGAAGUAUCUGCCAAUCAGGAGAGGUUGCAGAGGACUGAAAAGGAACAAAUGCUAAUUCAAAAGAAAAGUUCAUUGAAGCAGUGUAUGACUAGGUUGAAUGAGAUGGAAAACACAAACAACAAACUUUUGCAAGCAUUACGUAAUUCAGGUGCUGAAAAAAUAUUUGAGGCUUAUGAUUGGUUACAGAGAAAUAGGCACAAACUAAGGAGAGAUGUUUAUGGUCCUGUCCUUCUUGAGGUUAAUGUUCCACAUAAGGUUCAUGCUGCAUAUUUGGAAGGUCAUGUACCAAACUAUAUAUGGAAGUCAUUUAUAACUCAGGAUUCUGCUGACAGAGAUUUCCUAGUCAGAAGCCUUACUUCGUUUGAGAUCCCUGUCCUGAAUUAUGUGGGAGAUGAACAUUCCCACAAAGAACCUCCUGAAAUUUCUGACAAGAUGAGAAAGCUUGGCAUUUCUGCAAGGCUGGAUCAAGUUUUUGUUGCUCCUCAUGCUGUGAAGGAGGUUCUGACUAGCCAAUUUGGCUUGGAACGCUCUUUUAUUGGUUCCAACGAGACUGACCAGAGGGCAGAUGAAGUACAGCUACUAGGGAUUUACGACCUUUGGACCCCUGGCAAUCACUAUCGCUGGAUGACAUCUAGAUAUGGCGGGCAUGUUUCAGCAGCUGUUGAACCAGUGAAUCCGUCUCGCCUAUUUUUGUGCAAUAUCGAUGCAAGGGAGGUAGACAAUCUUAAAACCAAGAGAAGGGAGUUAGAAGAGGCAAUUAAUGCCCUUGAAGAACAACUAAAAGCUCUACUCAUGGAACAGAGACAUUUUGAGGAUGAAGCUGCAAAGCUUCACAAGCUAAGGGAGGCAAUCGUAAACAAUGUGAAGCUUGAGAAGAAAAAACGACGAGACAUGGAAAUUAGGCUAGAUCAAAGGAGAAGAAAUUUGGAGUCUUUGGAGGGGGAGGAUGAUCUUGAGACAAUGACACAGAAACUCAUUGAUCAAGUAUCUAAAUUGAAUAAUCAACGCCGUAAAAAGGGUGUUGAGAUCAAGGAUUUGCUAAUAGAGGCUGUUUCCUUUAAAAGAAGUUUUGCUGAGAAAAACUUAGCUGCCAUUGAGCUUGAUAUAAAGGUACGAGAAUUAGAAGUGGGCCAUCGUGAGCAGCAUGAGGCUACUUUGCGAGAGACACAACAAUAUGAAUAUUGUAAGCACGAAGCUGAGAAACACAAGCAUCGUCUUCAAGAGGCAAAGGAAUAUGCUGAAUCAAUUGCUAGGAUCACCCCAGAACUUGCUACAGCUUUUCUUGAGAUGCCUACAACUGUUGAGGAACUAGAAGCUGCUAUCCAAGAUACUGUAUCUCAUGCAAAUUCUAUUCUUUUACUCAACCAAAAUGUUCUUGAGGAAUAUGAGCAUCGUCAACAUCAGAUUGAUAACCUUCUUAAGAAACUGGAAAAUGAUUGCAAAGAAGUUGGUAAAUGUUUGGCAGAAGUAAACACUCUCAAGGAUGCUUGGCUUCCAACACUAAGGGAUCUAGUAGAUAAAAUUAAUGGAACUUUCAGUUGCAAUUUUCAAGAGAUGGCUGUAGCAGGAGAAGUCUCACUUGAUGAGCAUGACAAGGAUUUUGAUAAGUACGGAAUACUUAUAAAAGUCAAAUUUAGGCAAACAGGGGAACUUCAGGUGCUAAGUGCUCAUCAUCAAUCUGGAGGAGAACGAUCUGUAUCCACUAUUCUUUACUUGGUCUCGCUUCAGGACCUGACAAAUUGUCCAUUUCGGGUGGUUGAUGAGAUAAAUCAAGGUAUGGAUCCUGUGAAUGAAAGGAAGAUGUUCCAGCAACUUGUGAGAGCUGCUAGCCAACCCAACACACCACAAUGCUUUCUGCUCACACCGAAGCUCCUUCCCCACCUGGAAUACAGUGAUGCAUGCAGCAUCCUUAACAUCAUGAAUGGACCUUGGAUUGAAAGACCAUCCAGAGUAUGGGCUAAUGGGGAAUGCUGGAGAGAAGUUAUGAGCUUAGUUGGAAAGUAAAUUAUGUGCCCGAAACAUUGAUGUGAUGUCUAAAAUAAGGUGUUUUAUGAGCUAACCCCUCACGAUUUUCAAGGGGGAGGUUAUGGGUAUUUUUCAAAAUUGUUGGUGUAACAAUGUAAAGGCCUUAUCAAUAUGUAAAUUAGCAACAUCUGUUUACUUGUUCUUUGUAUUCAUAUAUUUAAAAUGUCUAAAUUUUCAGGUCUC